GCUAUAAGUCUUAAACCCAAGUUGGAUCAAAAUCGAUCUUCGAAAUCCCAACACUCGUUCAUUCACCCUAAACAACAAAACUGGAAAAAGAGUUUUCGGAGAAUCGAUUUGAUCUAGCAGGGUUUUGUGGGAGAAACAGAUUAUUCUUUAAAUUCUAUUACUGUCGAGAUCAUGCCAGGGAAGAAAGAAUUCAAUCAGAAACCUAUUGUGAUUCGUGAAGUAUGGAGGAGAAAUCUUGCUUCCGAAGUGAAAAUCAUUCGAGAAGUAAUCGAUCGAUAUCCGGUGAUCUCCAUGGAUACCGAAUUUCCUGGAAUCGUAUAUCGCCCAAAUAUUGGAGAUACGGAGAAGCCUCACUUACAUAAACACCGACCAUCUGAUCAUUACCAUACUCUGAAAACGAAUGUUGAUUCUUUAAAUCUUAUACAAGUUGGUCUCACUAUCUGUGAUUCUGAAGGUAAUUUACCAGAUCUUGGCUCAGGAAAUCGAUAUAUCUGGGAGUUUAAUUUCAGAGAUUUCGAUGUGACCAAAGAUUUACAUGCACCAGAUUCAAUUAGAUUAUUGAAACAGCAAGGGAUUGAUUUUGAGAAGAAUGUUGAAGAAGGGAUUGACUCAGCAAAAUUUGCUGAGUUAGUAAUGUCAUCUGGAUUGGUAUGUAAUGACUCUGUGAGUUGGGUAACGUUUCACAGUGCAUACGACUUUGGGUACCUGGUUAAGAUAUUGACGCGUAAAAAUUUGCCUGCCGAUAUCGGCGAGUUUCUGAAUCUUCUUCGAAUUUUCUUCGGAAAACAAGUUUACGAUGUGAAAUAUUUGAUCAAGUUUUGCGAAAGCCUUUACGGUGGGUUGGACAGAGUUGCCAUGGCUUUGGAAGUUGAUCGGGCUGUUGGAAAAUGUCAUCAAGCGGGUUCAGAUAGUUUGUUGACGUGCCAUGCAUUUCAGAAAAUUAAACAGCUCUAUUUUGCUAAAGAUGGUCCUGAAAGACAUGCUGGGGUCUUGUAUGGUUUAGAAGUGUUCUAAGUUUAGAUAGAAUUUCCUUUUCUUUAUUAUUGGGUUUUUGGUUUUCGUUUUUAGUCAGUUUUUGAGGUUUCAUUUGUAUGCACAGUGGCUUGGAUGAUUCUGGUUUUUAUGUUGAUUUUAGUGCUUAUUAGUUCGAGGCAUAUCAAAAGAAUGACCUACUU